UCGCUGGUUCAGAACUUGUGGCGCGCUUUUCCGAAGUUUCCCGUCAGUCCGGCCUCCUGAGCUUCUCGGGGUCUUUUCUGGGUCUCUGGAGGGGAGGGCAUUCAGCCUCCCAGCUUCGGUUCUCGAACUCCUGCCGGCUCCCAGGCGCGAAAAACGGGCGAGGCCGACUUCUUCCCUACGUAGGCAGGCAGCUUUGCCCUCCAGGGUCGCGGUCCCGUUGCUCCGAGCGGAGAGCCUUGACUGUGCGGCACUGAAGGUGUUCGUGGCGGAGGGAGUGCAAUGCAAAGGGCUUCACGGCUGAAGAGAGAGUUGCAGUUACUGACCACAGAGCCACCACCAGGUAUUACCUGCUGGCAGAAUGGAAAUCACAUAAAUGAUCUUCGAGCCCAAAUACUAGGAUGUGCAAACACCCCAUAUGAAAAAGGAGUUUUUGACUUGGAAGUAGUUGUGCCUGAAAGGUAUCCAUUUGAACCUCCAAAAAUGCGCUUUCUUACUCCCAUUUACCAUCCCAACAUUGACUCAGCUGGAAGAAUUUGCCUGGAUGUUCUUAGAUUACCACCCAAGGGUGCUUGGAGGCCAUCCCUGAACAUUGCUACUUUGCUAACUUCCAUUCAGAUCCUUAUGAAUGAACCCAAUCCGGAUGACCCUCUCAUGGCUGAUAUAUCUUCAGAGUAUAAAUACAACAAGCAAGCAUUUCUCAAAAAUGCCAGACAAUGGACAGAAAAAUAUGCAAGCCAGACAACAAUGCCUUUAGAAAUCACCAGUGAAGAGAGUCACAAAAGCGGGCCUGACCUCCCAAAAGAUUCCAGCAUUUCCCAGAAAAGGAAAGGAAGCAAUAUCAAUGGAUUGUCCAAAAAAUCUCGCUUAGAAACGUAACAUUUCCUGCUAUAGUUUUUCAGUGGCUGUCACUGCUUUUUCUUAAUGUAAUUUUCCAUCCUUUAAAUACGCUUGAUGCAAUUAAUGUACUGUUUACUCAUUACGUAAUGCUAGUUUUACUGUGUCAGUGACAUGAUGUCCAGUAUGGCAUAUGUCUGUUUUUUUAAAAAUCUUACACUAUUUCUGUAGCAUAUUUAAUCUUUCCGUGAAGAGUAUCUUCCACUGUACUUCGUGUAUAUUUAGAAUGAAAGCAUAAAUAAAUAAUAAUUUGAAUUUGUUAUGACUGAUGUCAUGAAUGGAUUGUAAACAGUUGCUUUUGAUAGUUAAAAAAAUGCUGUGUGGUUUCUUCAUCUUCACUUGCUAUAGUAUGAAUAAAUAUAAAAAUGUAUAUA